AUGAGUGCUAAUAAUGACCUUCUUUUCAGUAUCAACAUCAAAAACCAGAUGAUGAAAGAACUCCGUUUGCUUAGACCAGAGGUUGCUCCUAUCCGGAUCCUUCUUCAUGGACCUGUUGGAUCAGGGAAGUCCAGCUUUGUCAAUUCCAUUGAUAUUGUGUUCAAGGACCGCAUCGCCAGUAGGGCCCUAGCUGAUGCUGGCAUGGGAAAGACUUUCACCAAAAUAUAUAAAGCAUACAGAUUUCAGAUCAGUGGACAUCCUGGCAAUGUGCCUUUCGUUGUCAAUGACAUCAUGGGUCUGGAACAAAAAGAUUCAGAUGGGAUACACAUUGAUGACAUCAUCAGUGCAUUACAGGGUCACGUAAAAGACAAUUAUGAGUUUAAUCCAGGAUCUCCACUGUCUGAAGGAGACCCAGGCUAUAACAGCAGUCCCUCCCUAAAAGAUAAAGUUCAUUGCCUGGUUAGUGUCCUACCUGGAGACAAAAUCUCUCUAAUAGAUGACACCGUCAUCAAGAAAAUGAGAAAGAUCCGGGAGAAAGCCAGUGAUAUGGGAAUCCCUCAAGUGGUUGUUAUGACAAUGGUGGAUAAGGCAUGUCCACUGGUUGAAAAAGACCUGAAAAAGAUCUACACCAGCAUGAAGAUCAAGGAAAAAGUAGAGGAGUGCCAUUACAGGCUGGGUGUUCCAAUGAACUGCAUUUUUCCACUGAAGAACUAUCAUGAGGAAGGCGCAUCGGUUCUAGAAGCGGACUGCCUGAUUUUAGCGACCUUAACACAAAUAAUUCACCUGGCUAAUGACUAUCUGAACUCUGUCAAAGAAAAUGACAAGCAUGCCGCCAAGUCUUCACCCAUUCGCCAUGCUGCGAAGGCUCUACUACUGGAGCGGGAGAGAUAUUAG